UUUCAAUAUGCGCGCACAUAGAUUUUAAUCGCGGCUGGUUUGACCGUGAAAAUCUUAUCAACGGCUGGCGUGACCGGAGUGAACUAGACAAACUGGUUUGAAGCAACGAUCAUGACGCUACGGUGAAAAACUGCAAAACGCGACGCAGCGGUCAAAGACAUCCGUCUAAUGCAUAGCCUUCAUAUUAACGUUCUGUCAAAACGUUCCAGUGGCAUCAGAGAAUGUCACUGUAGAAAAGUGCUGUUAAAGAUUGUCAGCUGCCACUGUAUCCAUAUGUGCGCGAAGAAGCGCGCGCAUCGCCCUCCGAUGUUCAUCGGCGCUCCGGUACAGCGGCUAGUGACGUCACCUUCUAAACAACGAGCGCAGGUAGCUUGAUUGUAAACAAUAAUACAGUCGAGUAGAGAGUGGACGACUUGGAGGGGAACUCAGGAUCAAAACAAAUGCACAUGAAUUCAUUACACUGACCAAAAUCGGAUUUAGUCGCAGAACAUUUUAAAGGAAUGGCAUGCCUGAUGGCAGCUUUUUCAAUCAACAAUACUACAGUGACCAACUCUUUCAUAAUGAAUACAAAUGGACCUCCCGAUCUUAUGCUGGACCCUAGAAGUGUGUGCGUGUCCAUCGACGAGGUGAUGUCCAAUCACGUCGGCAGUCAACAGAUGCCGUUGUUAAACACACACCUAAAAAAAGUAGAGAACAAUCUAACUGAAGCCCAUCGUUUCUCGUACCUUCCCCGCAGACCAGCAGUCAACAUCGAAUUCCAAGAUCUCUCAUUCUCAAUUCCUGAGGGACCAUGGUGGAGAAAGAAAGGUUACAAGACUCUUUUGAAAGGAAUCUCUGGGAACUUUACCAGCGGAGCUUUGGUGGCCAUCAUGGGACCCUCAGGGGCUGGGAAGUCUACAUUAAUGAACAUUCUGGCAGGUUAUAGGGAAACAGGCAUGAAGGGAGAAAUUCUGAUUAAUGGACAGCCUAGAGAUUUGCGAUCAUUCAGGAAAGUGUCUUGCUACAUCAUGCAGGAUGACAUGCUAUUGCCACACCUCACCAUACAGGAAGCCAUGAUGGUAUCAGCUAAUCUCAAACUCCAGGAAAAGGAUGAAGGCAGAAGAGAAGUGGUAAGAGAAAUCCUGACUGCACUUGGUUUGCUAGAAUGUGCCAAGACACGCACAUCUAACCUGUCGGGGGGCCAGAGGAAACGUUUGGCCAUUGCCCUGGAGCUCGUCAACAACCCACCUGUCAUGUUCUUCGAUGAGCCCACAAGUGGACUGGACAGUUCCUCUUGCUUCCAGGUGGUCUCACUGAUGAAAGCUCUUGCUCAAGGGGGUCGAGCAGUCAUAUGCACAAUUCACCAGCCCAGUGCAAAAGUUUUUGAGCUCUUCGAUAAGCUAUAUGUCCUCAGUCAAGGCCAGUGUAUUUACCGGGGAAGAGUAUCAAGCCUAAUUCCUUAUCUGAGAGAACUGGGACUCCAUUGCCCCACCUAUCACAACCCUGCAGACUUCAUAAUGGAAGUGGCCUCUGGUGAAUAUGGUGACCAGACGGCUCGACUUGUGAAGGCGGUCCAAGAGCCGAAGUGUGAGAAAGACUACAAAAGUGAAAUGAAUGGUAACGGGGUUCAUUAUCCUUUCCUGUGGCACAGACCAUCUGAUGAGGACUCAUCCUUGUCUGAGGGUUGCCAUAGUUUUUCUGCCAGCUGCCUGACACAGUUUUGUAUUCUCUUCAAGAGAACCUUACUCAGUAUCAUGAGAGAUACGGUGUUGACCCACUUGCGCAUCAUAUCUCAUCUUGGGAUUGGAAUUCUGAUCGGUCUUUUAUAUCUGGGCAUUGGCAACGAGGCCAAAAAAGUCCUUAGCAACUCUGGUUUCCUGUUCUUCUCCAUGUUGUUCCUCAUGUUUGCAGCUUUGAUGCCCACCGUUCUCACGUUUCCCCUUGAGAUGGGCGUCUUUCUGAGAGAACACCUGAAUUACUGGUACAGCCUAAAGGCAUACUACUUGGCCAAAACCAUGGCAGACGUCCCGUUUCAGAUUUUGUUCCCAGUGGCCUACUGCAGCAUUGUGUACUGGAUGACGUCUCAACCUUCAGAUGCUGUCCGCUUCAUUCUUUUCCUGGCUUUAGGGACACUCACGUCACUUGUGGCACAGUCACUGGGACUACUAAUAGGAGCAGCAUCUACAUCAUUACAAGUAGCCACUUUUGUUGGUCCAGUGACAGCCAUUCCUGUGCUACUAUUUUCAGGAUUCUUUGUCAGUUUUGACACUAUCCCAAAAUACCUCCAAUGGAUAUCAUACAUUUCCUAUGUCAGGUAUGGUUUCGAAGGAGUCAUUUUGUCCAUCUAUGGGCUAGAUCGUGAGGACCUGCACUGCGAUAAAGAUGAGACAUGCCACUUCCAGAAGUCAGAAGCAAUUUUGAAAGAGCUGGACGUUGAAGAUGCAAAGCUCUACCUGGACUUCAUUGUGCUAGGCAUCUUCUUUGUGUCACUCCGUCUGAUUGCAUAUUUUGUUCUCCGCUACAAGAUCAGUGCUGAGAGGUAGACAAGUGGAAGAAAAGAUGGAGAAAGAGAGUACUGUCGAUACUUUCAUGCCUAGAGAGGGCUAGUCAGAGAAUGCCAAAGCUAGGGUGAUUUGUUCCCUCAAAAAGAACCAUUGCUUUUUGUGCAGGCCAAAGCCAGGUUUUCCCACACUGGACAGAAACCUGGAUGGUACUUAAAGUACAAGUAUAUAGAUGCCCAGCUUUUGCGUGCUUUUUAUAAGAAAAGACAGCUUAGAAUGCAAUAGAUUUGGGACCAACAGACAAAGUAACAUUACAUUUACGCAUUUAGCAGACACUUUAAUCCAAAAGUACAAGCUACACAUUUGAACUAAACGUGCGUUCCUUGGGAAUCAAACCCACGACUUGGGUGUUGUUAACGCCAUGCUGUACCAGUUGAGCUACAGACAUAUAAAUUCUAUUCUGGUCUACCUUGGCAUUCCCUCUACACUAUUAAAUAGUGAUCAUUAUGUUAGUAAUGGCUACUGUACUUGUAAAAGAAAGAACUCAGAAAGCUGUCUUCACACUUUAGGGUGCAAAUGUUUUAUGAGCUGGUCUCCACAUAUUGCACCCAUCAGUACAACCUUGUUUCAGAUUAAACUAUUACUGGGUUUUCAUCCAACAAUUUUUAUCCACAUUUUAAAUUUGCGCUUAAAUGUGCACUUAGUAUUUUUUCCUCAUUUAAAAAGUUUGAUUUCUGAACCAAUUAAUUGUAAUUUUGAAAAAUAUGUAUAAUAUCAUGACCAUGUGAUGAAGACUCCAGUCAUAACAAUGACCUUAUAAAAGCUGUUUUAUUCUGCACAGUGAGAGUCCCCACAUUGGAACUGCCAUGGUAGGAUCACAUGACCAGCCAAUUACUACUCACUUAUUCUCAGUAACUGCCCUCCUAUUAGACAAUGUCACUCAGGGAUUAAAUGAAUGCUGGUUGACUUUGAAAUGCGGAUUUCUACAUUGGCAUCGAUGACUGAAACUGUUGUGUUUGAGAAAUGCUGCAUCCAAGCCGCUAGUUGGCAGUGUAUGUCCAAGAUAACAUAUUCAAACAAUUACUGAGUGCAUGUUUAAAGAAACUUUAAUGAAAACUCUUGAUAUGUGCAUAAACAUAAAAUUUGCAUAAAAUUUAUGUGCUAAGCAGAGGGGGACUUUCUUGAGUUUAGCAUAAGUCAUGCUUAUUAAAGGUGCUGUAAGUGAAUAUUUUAUAAAAUUACAUGCAGAAAACCUCCUUAUUACCAAUCAGAUAUCACUGAAUUAGGUUCCAUGAAAUACCAUGCCUGUCUCUGUAAUAGCCCUAAGCUCAUUAAACAGCGGCGAAAAAGAUGUCCGCGGGACGCAAUCAAAUCGUUUGUUUAGUUAAUCAGAAGACUAUCUGCCUGUUAAUCAUGGUGCACUUUCACAGGGUAGCCUGCACAGGGUCCUCACAAUCCACCAGAUCAGUUUAUCACAUGGACCUUCCCAAGUAUACAGAGGCUGGUGGAGUAUGGGCUAAGCAGCCAUUUUAGGCCACAUUAUAUGAGAUAUUACACUCAUUCUGUGACGUCUCAUGUUAACAUUUAAUAAAGUAGAAUUUUUGAAUUUUUGGUUUAAUUAUUUAAUUUAUACGCUUAAAAAAUGUUAAAUAUUUGGAUGUAAACCUAGUUUAUGGUCGUGAACCCAAAAGAGAUUUCAAAUCUCAAUAUGAUUGGAUCUCAUUAGAUUUAAAAACGGGGGGAAAAAUAUCAACUAGGUAUGUGUGUUGCCUGCUUAAAAAAUGUAUGAUAUAGUGUGUAAUUAAUGCUGUAAUGGUGUCACCAAACGGAAUUUAAAAAAUAAUGACUGUCUCAAACAGGUUUCUCAAACACACCUUACACCCUGCCCACAUCUCCCAUUGUUCAAACAAACAAAGAGUCUGUUCAAAAUAGUUGUGAGCUUCCUUCAGUGGCAGUAUUUUAAGACAUCAGGUGUGCUCCUGAUGUGACGGCUGUUCCAAAAUGUAGAUAUCUUAAUUUUGCUGCCUCAUACGAUAUCUCAAUUUUGGCCAAAUUUUAAGGUAUCAUUGUAUGUUUCCUUCUCAGAUUAGGCGAUCCCAGAAUGCACAGUGAAGAGCUCAGUGGAAAAAUAAAUCCAAGAUGGCGGUCAAAGUGGGAGACAUUUGGAUUAUAAAUAUGCUUAUGUAUUUAGACAUAUUUAUUAAUAAAGAACUGUUUAAUAUAAUUGAAAAUUGACAAUUUUAACCACCGCGACCCUGUACACAGGAUAAGCGGUUGACGAUGGAUGGAUGGAUGGACAAUUUUAACCAAAAUAUGUUUGUACUAUGCAUAUUUCUGAUCAUUAGAUUAUCGUGUCAUUAAUCUCGCAUCACCUAUAUUGAAAUCCGUUGCAAAUCCAGUCUUGUGUGCGCUGCGUGUCUUAUGAGGCAUAUUCAGUUAGAAUGCUGUCAUAGAGGACAGCUGCCUAUGUAGGCAGGAGGUAAUGAGGCAGCUCAUUAAGUUUUGGAACAGACCCAGAUUGUCCUCCCCCCCGACUCAUUUAAUUGGCUAGGGAUAGUUCACCCAAAAAUGAAAAUUCAUACAUUGUUUACUCAGCCCUGUGUUGUUAGAACCCUAUAUAACUUUCUUUCUUUUUCUUAAUACCAUUUCUUCCUACUUAAGGGAUGUCAUACAAUGGCAGUUUAAACCUAAAUCUAAUGUAUUAUUUAGUGAGAGGACACUAAACAGUUCACACA